AUGGAGGCGCAGACAGCCACACCGCAGGGCGAUUGCGAAUGUGGCGUCCAUCCUUCGGUCUUCUACCUUCUGGCGACGCUACUACUUACCAGUUGUUCAACGGCGAUGUUAUGCGCAGCUAUCAUGACCGAACACUGGGAGCAUGUGUCGUGGGAACGAAGCGCACUUACAGCUUUGGCGAAUGCCUCCAACACUGCCUUACAGUGGCUGAUCGAUGAGAAAGUUGUUAAGGUAGAAGACACGAGCAAGAAAAAAGGCGGAGGAACAUUCUUAGUACCAAUGAAUGGUGGCAUUUGGAAGAUGUGCGUGUCUUUGGAAGAGGAAGAAGUAUCAUUACUGACGAAUGCCGGUUUCCCGACAGAGCCGCUGUGCACAAAUUAUUUAGCAGACGACGAAUCUGAGGAACCGCGGGCUGAUUGGCAGCAUAGAAUGCAGAAUCUGUCAAUAUCAUGCGCGUUAGUCUGUCUGAUAGUAUUAGGUAGUGCUGCGCUGGUUGGAGCUUUCGGAGUUUGUAAGCAUCAGAUCAGCGCUGUGCUCAUAACUGGUGUUAUGUACCUUUUAGCGGGUUUAUUUGCAAUGUUCACACUUAUGAUAAUACACUUCAAGCGUGUACAAAGAGUAUCGACACGGGGAAGUCCGCACGUUGACGAUACAGCGGACGGUUUAAUUGGUCCACGUGGCCCCGCUCUCCCCUUAUUAUCCGCGAGGGAAUUCACUACAUCUUGGUCGUUGGAACUAGGUUGGGCGGGCGUGGUACUAGCCACGACUACUUCGUUACUCUGGAUUCUGCUGUCUAAGAUUAUGAGAUAUAAUCCACUGUCAAGCAUGCUAAUGUAA